AUAGGGUCUUUUAGAAAUUCAUGCAGUAUUUUUGGGUCAGAUAACAAGAGGCUGAACUGGCUGCCAAUGUGAAGUGUUCAUAAUUCUAGGUAAACAAAGCCAUGGGCUGUGGGUGUUGGGUUGUGUGUGUAAUGUAAGUAUUCGUUCCCCUGUCCUGCAUGGUGAACAGAGAACUAUCAGGACCCAGAGGAGGACUGGCUCACUAACAGCACUGGAGCCUUGGAGAUGGAGAGCUCCUACCGUCUGGUGGAGCCCAGGGUGAUUCCCCCACACUCCAAAGCAGAUGCCAUCCGCAGGGACCAGUCCAAGAAGUCACAGAGCUACAAGGUGGAGUCUGUGUCCGGCGGGCUCAGCGUGGAUGUGCAGAACUUCUCCCUGGAGUCCAAGCGGGAGUCGGAGUAUGGCCCAUGUCGGCGGGAGAUGGAUAGUGUCCUAAACAGCCUGAAGAUCACUAAUGUCCUCAACCCCAAGGGUUUCCGCAUUCCCAACUGCGACAAGAAGGGCUUCUACAAGAAAAAGCAGUGUCGCCCAUCCAAAGGCAGGAAGCGAGGAUCCUGCUGGUGUGUGGACAAGUAUGGGCAGUCCCUGCCAGGCUACAGUGGCAUGGAGAGGAGUGACGCCCACUGCUACAACCUGGAGAGCAAGUGAGGGCGAGAGAGGGAUGGAGAGAGAGCGAACAAGAGAGAGAGACAGAGCGAGAGAUAUAGAGAGGGCCCACUCAGCUCUGAGGCGGUCAUGCGCACAAAGACUGUACAAACAAAGACUUUGAAGGAGCUGGCUUGGCACUAGGAAGCCCAGCCUGGGUGCGGGCAGCUGUGCAACCUUUGACCUUGCGUGGGGGAGGGGAUUACGGCGAGCUUGUGAGGACUGGAGACUGAAGCUGGGCCAAGACAAUUCAUUCUUACGGCUUUCUAUACUGUGCAUAGGGAGCAUUUGGAUUCUUAAAUAUCUGAAAGAGAGCCUGAGAAACAGAGAAAUUAUAUAUAUAUAUAUAUAUAUAUAUAUAUAUAUAUAAAUAUAUAUAUAUAUGUGUGUGUGUGUGUGCGUGCGUGUGUGUGUGUGUAUAUAUCUAUAUGCAAAGUGCACUAUUUUUUAGAGGGCGGGGGCACCCCGUGACAAAGGCACCCCUGCUUGCCUUAUUAAGAACUGCAUGUGACCAACUCGAAUCAGAUUUGCUCGGACAACACGGACGCAAUCCCGGUGGAUGGUUCCCGGUGGAUGGAUCCCGGUGGAUGGAUCCCUGUGGAUGGAUCCCUGUGGAUGGAUCCCGGUGGAUGGAUCCCGGUGGAUGGACCUCUCCACCCCAUCUCCACACGCCUGCAUGCUCCGGAAGGCGGGGGGAUGGAACAAGAGGGUGUCUGCGUGCAAGGGGGCUGCAUGCCCGUGCUAUCUAGCUCUGCUCAGGGUUUCUGAUGUGAGAUGAAGGCUCACCAGACAAGGUAGCCAUUCCCACUCACAAGCACACACACCCCCUCCCAGCCCACCCCACCAGUGAUGGGAUCUCACCCCAAGGGCUCCUAAGCAUGCUCAUGUCAUAAACACAAAUAUCUGAAAUGCCCCCUAAAUGUUCGUUUCAUGCAUAUACAUGGUCUGGAAGCCACCCACCUCCCAUUAGCAGUCGUAGUGCCCCCAGCACUUUCCUGCAUCCUGAAGUACCCAUGCACCUCCUUACUGCAGGGAAACUUCCCACUGAUUUCCUGUCCACUGGGUCAACUGUAAAAUUGCGCUUGUCUGCAGGUCUCUAUGGUCCUGAGCUGUGUGGGGUAUUUGUGACCUUGUGUGUGUGUGUGUGUGUGUGUGUGUGUGUGUGUGUGUGUGUGUGUGUGUGUGUUUCGGUGACUGUGUCAGGGUGUCAGUAAGUGUUUGUGUCUGUGAGUUAGUGAGGGAUUGUGCGUGCAAUUUUGUGUGUGUGUGUGUGUGGCAGAGUGUGUAUCAGUGUGUGAUGUGGGACAUCUUGUCUGUGGGUGGUCCGGCAGACUGGCUCAGGAUUCCAUCAAACCCCCCCGCCCAUAACUCCCCACUGCAGCCAAAUACUCCCAGUCGACCGCCACCCCCCCACAUUGCCAGAGGGGCCACCGUGGCAUGAUGCUAAACGGCUGUCACAUAUGGACCCGCCCCCCUUUUCCAGGGGCACGGCUUACAGGGCCAACCAAAUGACAUCAGGCGUGACGUCACUCAUGACAGCCAGUGGUGAUUCGUGGUCCAGCUCUCUCCCAUCACAUCCUGUGUAAUGACUUGAACGGUGGAGAGUGCCCAUCUGGAUUGCUAUCCCAGUAGCUCAGUAGCAUAUAAUUGGAUGUCUGAAUAUGCUAAAAAAUGCUGGUGCUAUUACUUUAAUGUUUAAUUAUUUUGACUUGAUUUGGGGAGAGGAUUAUAACGUUUGUCUAGCUGGUGGAUAUGGCACUCCUUUGUAAGUGUUUAUUUUGGCCAGCUGUGUCUGGGUAGACAUAUAUUUCAGUACUUAAACAUUUAUCUGAGAGUAUCUAUAAGCUGAUCCAAACCAUAAUUUUUCUUAAGAAUGAUUAAGUGACUUACAGACUGCACAACAGAGAAAAGCAGCAUGUUUUUUGGGGAAUAUAAUCACUAAAUGUUUAAUUCUUGUUCUUGUCGUUCAGAAACAUAACAGAACAAAUUUCCGCUCACAGGUACACAGGCACUCCUAGAUUUAUAUGGUGGCUUAACCUGCAUUCUUGUUAGCGUUAGCUCUGUCUCUUGUCUUACAAACAUUAUCACAGGUCUUCUACACUCGCUCCUUGUACUGCAGCAGUGAGUCUAAACAACGAUAAAAGUCACUUUUUUUCUGCUGGUCUGGUAAGGAUUUCUUCUUUCACGGGUAACUGUGUUUUUAAUAUCAUUUUAAAGAAUAUUGAUUCAAGUUUUCAUAUUACUAAGCUAGAAAUCACAGCUAUUAUUUUCUUUUGAGAAAGGGAACGAUUCUGUUUAAAUAUAAUUUGUAUUUAAUUUCUUUUUUAAAUAAACGAAAAAUAAAUGCUAUUUUAAUUUA